UUUGUGAUUUCUAAUAUCACGGACAGCCCGAGCGGGUUACCCAGAACUUUAACAACCAAGUGCAUCUAUCCAACGGGGGAGAUAUCAGUCCUGACAAUAUCUUCUGUGAGGUUCGCCUCAACCACGAUCGACCGCUUCCGCAACGUUUCUGCCACGGCUUUUGAAGCCUACGAUGAGCUGCUUCAAGCAAUGGAGAGAUCCGUGCGUGCUAGCAACACUACCUUGGCCACCACCAUUUUCGUCGAGUCGAAGGCUAUCAAUUCCACUAUCGACCUGCUAGCAUGCAGUGUCGGACAGACAAUAUUCUCGCACGGCAAGGUCCCGCUCGUGUGCAUCUACACCAAUAUUAAUAUCAUCAUGACCAAGCGGCAGGAAAUCAACUCUCUCAUAAGGUCAGCCCGCGGAGGAGCGUCCCUACCAAAGCAAGCCUCGCCUUCGGUUGAUAUGGUUGUCAUCCACCUUCCUGCCGAAGGCUAUCCAAUCCCAGUCUCCAUGGUCGGCUUGGAAGCUGCAACCGCCUCUGCAUCUCAGUAUCUGGCAUUGCUCGGUCAGAACUUUAUCCUGAUUGGGACGCCUCCAAGCUGUACGUUGUCUACGACACCAUGGACCAGGGCCAGGGUUUCGAGAUCCCGCUAUGGCUUUUGAUCUGCAUGGGAGUAGUUGCUGCUGUUUGCCUGGCAACAUGGAUGUAUGCACUGAUACUUUUGCCAGAGCGAUGUACCAGUUCGCUGUACAAGGUCCUGACGAUGCAACUGGCCCCAGAGGUUAACAGCUCUGCUCCAAUGCUGAUCAAGUCCAAGAUGAACCCCAUGGAGUUUGAGGGACAUCGAGCCAUGCUGGAGCUCGAGGAGUGCGAACUGAAGACCGAUGAUUCAGCAUCAACAUUGGCAGCAUCAGAAAAAGAGACGGACUGAAAACAUCUCUGCAACGAUAUGGAUAAGCAUGCCUCGUUUCCUGCAUAAGCAUUAGAUUAGCUGUUUUGACGAAGUUCAAUCCAUGAAGUUGAAAAAGCGAUUAAAGACUUCUGCCCUAAUGUUAAUACAAUUCAAG